GUUGAACCCGGGGUGUUCCCGUUGGGGCAAACAAACAGGACGGAUUCCAGCAAUGGUACGUACAUACAUACAACUACCCAGUGCGAGGUCCCUCACGUCACUACUUGCAGUGAGACCGUGCAGUGCUUACAGCAGACGAACCGAGCAGACCGGACCCCAAACCCUCGAGAUCUGCUGCCUCGGACCAGGCGAAAUAACCAUCAACAUGACAGCGAGGGUCGCUCGAGAGUUGCAGGUCAACAUUCUCACGCGGAUAGGGUUCCACGCCCUGCAAGGCAUCUUGAGCGUAGAAAGCGGCGAGUCCACAACAUUCUACGAUUCCUCGGACGGCACGCCGUACGCAGUGCGCGAUGUAGUGCAUCUCAGGGUAUGGAGGAAGGGCCAGGGAAAAAGUACGAAACAUACCUUCCAUAUCGCCACGGAUGAGAGCGUGGGGCUGCAGUCCGGAUGCCAUGCGAUUCUGGGCGGGGAUUGCGUGGUGGGGUAUGUGAGGGAGGAUGGCGAUCUGCCGGUCGCGGUGACACAGCUUUCGAAGCAGAGUAAAGGUCAGUCGAUGUCGGUGGGUUUGAUCUGGGAGGGAAGAUCGCAGGGCUGAUUGCGGGCAGAUGACAAGGCGAAGCUGGAGCAGGAGAGGAGGGAGAAGCAGGCUAGGUUGGCGCAGAAGGAGAAAGAGAGACGCGAUCGGGAGAGGCAACUGGCUGCACAGAGAAGAUAGAUCGCCAGAUAGGUAGCGAUGCGCUGCUGAUCGAGGGUGUAUUGGACCAAGGAUAUUAUUGAUUGGAACGAGGGCUUGCCCUUGGCAUGAUAACGGAACAAGAUUUAGCCCUUAACUCCUGAUAA